CUCGGGUUAUUAUUAUUAUUUUAUUUCCUCGGGCACGGCACCGCGGCUCGUCUCCUCCCUCGCCGCAAACCCUAGCUCGUCCGGAGGGUCAAAUCUCCCCUAAUUGUUAUCGAAUCAUCUAAUUUAUCUCAUCUCGAUGUAUGCUGAUCAGAUAUCAUCGGGGAGCAAGAGAUCUAUCAAAGAGCGUCUGCACGGCGAUCUCGGGGGAGAUUUCAGCCGUUCGAACGUAGUUUCGGCUAAAAGGCAACGACAAAAUGAUGACAAAUGGAAGCAUGAUCUUUAUGACGAGGACAGGGAACCUGAAACAUUCAAAUCUGUUAAUCCCAAUGACCUCAGAUGGAAGCUUCAGAAAAGAGGUUCUCAACAAGCUUUCCAGAGUAAAGCUUCUGUAGUUAGAGAUCUUCGUGAUAAGCUAACUGGUACAAUGCACUCACAGCCAUCAAAUAGUGAACCUUCAAAGGCUAAGCGAGUGUCUGAAAUUUCUGAAACCAUCAAGAAGAACCUCCGAAAUGAUCCACCCAUACCAGAAAUCAAAAAAGUUACUAACCCAAAAAGGAUAUCUCAGAGCAAGGCCGAGCUGUCAGUAGAUGGUUUCCUGAACUCUUUGGGUCUAGGAAAGUAUUCAAUAACAUUUCAAGCAGAGGAGGUUGACAUGACAGCUCUCAAGCAUAUGAAUGAUGAAGAUCUUAGGGCUCUAGGAAUUCCAAUGGGUCCAAGAAAAAAGAUACUGUUGUCGUUGGAGUCCAGAGCCUAAUAAGCGUGAUCUUGUGCGCUAAGGUUUAUGAGAACCUCUAUUUCUUAUCAAAUGACGUGAUGGCACUAUGCUCGAUUUGUCAUCAUCAUGUCUUGUUUUCCGUUGUACAUGCAAGCAUUUCGUAGCGACACACAUGCUUUGUGGCUUCUUCCAACUGAAUGUGUACACUAUAGUGGGAAUUGCUGCUACUCAGACUCUUCAUGGUCAGAGAGUUGUGAUAUGCAAUUUCAACUUUUUUCCUC